AUGUCGCUUCUCGAGCUAGCACUAUCGUCAUGGACUCCGUCGGAUAUUCCUACUCGGACAACUCUUCUGAGCAUUGACCCAACUCAUUCUUCCAGCUUGAUCUCUUUAUACACUUCUGCCAUAGCCAGGGCCAUGACGGAAAAGGACUAUGUCGAGCUCAGAGAACUUUCGCAAACUAUCCGUGGAGCUCAGGCUUCGCUUACAAUCAUCGCAGCUGAGGAAGUUUUAGCUACAGCAACAAAUGAGGCUGUACAAGCAAAGGCUACCGAAGCUAUCUUUGACGCUACUUUGAACUUGAAAGCUCUUGAAUGGGACAAUAACUUGUACGCUUUGACGUUAAACAGACCAGCAAACAUCAUCUACUUGGUUGUUUUCGCUAUCUGCUUCUUUUAUACUAUAGCCAUGCUCUGGAAGUCGCGCUAUCACUGGUACAACAUCACUUUCUUUGCUGGUUUAGGUUUAGAAUUUGCCGGUUUCUUAGGUAGGGUUCUUUCGUUUUCCGACGAUACAAACAUGAACUUUUACUUGUUGCAAUACGUUUCUUUGACAAUAGCCCCAGCGUUCCUAAUGGGAGGGAUAUACUUCUUGUUUGCCCAAGUUGUGGUAAUCCAUGGUCGAGAGUACUCUAUUUUGAAACCUAUGUGGUAUUCGUACUUGUUCAUUGCCUGUGAUGUCUUGUCUUUGCUUAUUCAAGCUGGUGGUGGUGGUUCUGCUUCUAUAGCAUCCAAGAACCACCAGGAUACAAGACCAGGUACCAAUACCAUGAUUGCUGGUAUUGCUUUCCAGGUCGUGGCCAUGUCCAUCUUCUUGGGCUUUUGGUUUGAAUUCCUUCAAAGGGUCUACUUUAAAAAUGCUAAACUAGAACCCACAGAAUAUCCAUUGGCUAAAAGAUCGGUAAAGAACUUCUUGAAGUUGUUGUUCAACGUGAAAUCCGUAAGACAAUAUAGACAGGAGCAUUUGGAUCCACACUACAACCCCAAGUACAAGUCUAUUCGUGAAAAGCAAUUUUUCCAGUUCUUUCCCUUAGCCAUGACCUUAGCUGUUGUUGCCAUUUACAUCAGAUGUGUUUAUAGAGUUGUUGAGUUGGCCCAGGGUUUCCGUGGUUACUUGAUUCUUCACGAAGUGUAUUUGAUGGUUUUGGAUGCCUUAAUGAUCGCAAUCACAGGAAUCAUUUUCAUACCUUUCCACCCUGUUUGGGCCAUAGGUUCGAAGAAUGUUGUGAGAUUGGCUCACAUCAAGAAGAAUGUCGACGAGAAAGGUUCUGAUUUGGAAGAACAGACCGAUCCAGAUUCGUAUGUAGAAGAGGAAGAUUUCAGUGCGGGUAACACGAACUUCCCUUCAACGGAUGAAACGAAAUAG